CGUAUAACGCCCAUGCAAAGUGUGAUUUAAAUUUCAAAGUUUAUGAAAUUUUGUGUCAUUUAAAUUGAACCACUAGCAAGAGCACUUUGCAAUUAUUAUUGUAUGAAAAGUCGAGUGAGAAAGCUUCAGAAAAUGUCAUUGUUGAAAUAUUUUAAAGGAAAAUACUCGAUCAACCUUCCCGAAAAUACAAAAAUGUCGACUGAAUCAUACAGCGCUCCUGUCCAACAGCCUAGAAGAAGUCCACGUCUGCAUCCUGCAAAUAUUAGUUGUGGCUUAAAACGUGCCGGAUCUGAGUUAGAGUUUGACUGGCAAUCCAAAAAGAGAUUUGCUGUAAACAGAAAUUCUGUGGUUUAUUUACAUGAUGAGAGCCAGCAUGAUCCAUAUGAUAUCAAACAUAUCAACAAGGACAAAAGAAGUAAGCGAAGCGUUCCAAAGAAUGAGUGGUUUGAAACAAACAUAUUUGACGAAAAAUCCAACAUGAAGAAGGAAUACAAGGAAUAUUUGUUAAGAUUACCAGGAGUGGAAAAAAUCCAUGUUGGUUUUGAUGGCAAAAAGGAUCGAACAUGGAAAAUAUACAUCACCCACUCAGAAAACUCACAACCGUCCAUGGAUCAACUGCGCAUGAUAUUUGGCAACAAUAUCUCCUGUUUUGUCGAAUUCAUCGAAGAAAAAGUUGAUAAAAACAGUAGAUCUGCUUUUCUUCGAGGACCAAGAACAGGGGAUCCACAUCAUGUUACAAAUGAGGAAAAUAGAGGCCGUGGAAAAAUAAGUAUUCUUGGUUUUGGAGAUAAACGCAGACAGAAACACUACGCAAUCACCAGCUAUCACGUUUGUUACCAAGGAGAAUUAUCAGGAGACCUUUUCGAACAACACCAAAAACUGAAGACAGACUGGAAAAAUAACGCCAGGGGAUGUUCUGGAUACAAAUAUCAGUACCAAGGAGAUAAACCUCGAAGGCUUGGUGAAUUUUAUUGUGGUUUAUACAACGACAAGAACGAUAUUGCCCUCAUCGAACUUGAUACAUAUUUGGACUGCAACGAUGCGGUCAAAUUCCUGAAGGACCAACGUUUUGAUGACGUUUUGGCGACUGAAAAGGAAGUAACCGAAAAAUUUAAGAACAUGAAGGGAACAGUUCCUGUUGGCAUAUUUGGGUCUGAAACUGGAGAUAGAAAAGGAAACUUGGUUGAAAAAGAUGCGGGAUUCGAAAACGGAAUGAAUGACGGCUUUUAUGGCAUAAAAGACGUGUCUGACGAUAACAUCUUUGCGGAAGAAACGGACUCAGGGUCUUUGGUGUAUAUGAUAUGUAAGGAUGGCAAGAAGAUACCAUUUGCCUACCUAAGUAACAUUAAGAACGGCGUCUAUUACUGCCCUAAUUUGAAAUCCAGUUUGGAGGCACUGAGAAGUCCUGUAAAACCUUGCUUGGGUAGAUGUGGAAAUCACUUUAAUAAAUAAUUAUAUGUGCAAAGUGAUGUUAUGUCUGGCAGUAAAUGCUUAGCAGGAAACGGUAAUCCACAUCUUUAAAUUAUUUCAUCUUGUACAUUUCUGUAGUAGUAUAACAGUAACGAUAAUCUGUAAUAGCAUAAGUGAUAAGUAUAUCAACAACGAUAAUUUGUAAUUGUCAAGCGAAAAGUUUUAAUAGCAUAAAUAUA